UCAGAGCCUUCAAAAGAGCAUUCCAACCAAACAGAAUUAAUAGGAUAUAUUUGCUUCAGUAAAUAAUCCAACUAUUAGAAAACAUAAUGAUAAUUGAAAAUACUUAUAAUGAUAAUUGAUUCUAAAUUUUCUAUUUAAAAUUAAUUUGGUAUCAAGUCUUCAAAAGAGGACACCAACUAAAUAUUAAAAAUAUAUGUUUUUUCAUAAGUCAAAAUGAUUUUUUACAAUAAGAAAAGUAGAAGGACUAAUUAAGAAAUAUAGAAAAUGAAAUAUUCCAAGAAUAUUCUGUUAACUUUAACGAAAUGCACUUAACAUUAAACUUAAGUGGUACUGGGUGCACAAAUAAUAGAGUUCAGUGGGGGAUGGGAUUAGGUGCUAACCCUUAUAGGGGUUAGCACCGUGAUAACUAGCAAAAAACGCUACUAAAAAUAAUGAAAUAACUACGGAUUAUUAUAAAAUCAAUACAACAUCUAAGCUAAAUCACUACUAAUUCAAACUAGUAGUAGUUUUUCCCUUGGUUAGGACGGUGCUAACUAUUGUACAAUUAGCACCGUAGCCGUUCCCGUUCAGUGGUACCUGACGCCCUAUUCAAAUUUAAGUGGUAUGUCUGCACCAAUUCUCAAACUUAAGUGGUACCCGAGGUAUUUUACCCUUAGUUGUUCACUCAUUCAUUCUGAUCUCGUAUUACUAGACCAAACAACAUCAUGAUACUUUUCUUUACAGUAAGAUGCCAAAAAUAUUCGUAACCGUGUAUAUCCGUCCGAAUCCGACCUAAAGACUUUUAGUGGGUACGUUUAAAACCCGAACCCGCAUAUGCGGGUAAUGAGUGGGCAUGGUUUUCUCAAUAUCCAACCUGAACCCAUCCGAUUAUACAUUUGCAUAUGUAUUUUGUAUAGAAAUAAUCAAUAUUUUUCUCUUAAAUAUUUCGUAUUUAGCAUAUAAAUAUAAAAUAUUUAUGAAAUUGUGUUGUUUUAAUUAAUUUUCUUCAUUCUAGUGAAUUAUUGUCAUACUUUUCGUCUUACGUAACAUGAGAAUACGUGUAAUUAUGCAGUCAAAAUCGGGAUUUUAAGUAAAAUCGAAAACUAAGGUAGAAUCGGAAUCGUAGAUUAAAAUCGUAAAAUCGUAAGAUUUUAAGGUUCGUAUUAAAUAAUCACUUAAAACACCAGAUAGUAAUAAAAAUGCAUAUCCUGAAUAACAAUCAACCACAUAUAACAUAAUUACUUUCCAAGAUAAGUUUGUUUGCUAAAUAAAUACAACUAAAUCCAUAUAUCUAUUCUUGUACAUAAUAUAAACACACAAUGAAAUCACUUAAUUAAUAGUUAAGAGUAGAAAAUUACAUAAGAUCGUUGGGGAUCAACAUUAAUAUCACUUACACAUCAUCAUCAUCCUCACUCUCACUCUAACUCUCAUCCUUGUUUAUUUGCUUAAGGACUAAUAUAAUUACUCUUAAGAUCACUUGAAAUACUUUCACCAUUAACCAUAUUUCCUUGAUCACAAAGAUAACUCAUUGAUUGGUGCAUUCCCUUCUUAAUUGAUAAAAGGUCGGGGAUAGUGCUACUGAAGGAUUGAGAGAGGAACGAAAGAUUGCAAUGGAAUGGAGAUUUGGAUUUUUGUGAGGGUGGUGGGAAAAACCUACAAGCUAAUUGGGAGAGUGGAAGAUAUCGUUGAAGGAAGGAGUUGGGCGUCGACGUGCGAAAGAGGAAGAUACGAGGAAGAGAAUGAAAAUAAAUUGAGUGUUGUCUAUUGGGUUAGGGUUGCGUUAUUCAUUAUGUUGGGUCGUGAGAAGUAAACUUGACUUGGUUUAUGGACAGAACCGGACUUGACCAGCCUCAUUUUGCUCCAAUUGAUGUGAACCUUGAAAUCGUACAAAAUCGUAGAAAUUGUAGAUUUAAAGGAUUUUAGAGUUUUAAAUCGGGAUUUUAUGGGAUUUUAAGGUUCAAAGAUUUAAAAAUAAAAUCAUGAUCGGAACCCAUAGGUAAGAUCGUAAAAUCGUAAGAUUUUAAGAUUAAAAUCGGGAUUUUGACUACAUUACUCUAAAUAUUAACAUAUUGGUUGGAGUUAUAAAGAAAAACUAUUACCCAUGGAUAACCGUGGAUACCCGAAACCUGAACGGGUAUGAACAUGGUUUGAAUUUUGUACCCGUUUCUUAUGUGGAUAUGGGUAUGGGUAAAAACCAAACUACUUUGGAUAGGGUAACGGAUAUGCACUAUCCGUCCCCGACCCAACCCAUUGCCAUCCCUACUUUACGGAAAUGAGCUUAGUGGCCAAAUUUUAUGUGAUUUAGGCUCGACUCGUUAACAAAUUUAUCGAAUUCGAUUUGCAUUCAUUUACCAAUAAUUUGAGUCGAAUUGAAUUCAGACUCGACUUGGUUAUCAAAGGGUUGAUUUGUGUUUGCCUUGAGCUCGAUUCGUUAAUGAGCUUACAAGCUUUAUUUAAGUUGGCUCAUCGAAAAGAGUACUAGUUUGACUCAAAUUUAACCCACUUAUUCUAAUAAUCAAAUCAUUAAACUAAAUUAAACACCCUAAUAUGUGUAUGUCAUGUACUAUAGAUAUUAGUAAUACACAAUUUCUCAGUUUGAUAUAUAUUUAAUCAUUUAGCAAAAAUUGACGCGACAAAAUAUCUAUUCGCAACCGUCAUAAUAUAAAUUAAGAUAAUUUAGAUUCAAGAAAGCGCAAAAGUUACAAAAUGGAGCAAUGUACGUGUUUUUUGACUACACAUAUUAAGGUUGUAGAGUCAAGGCAGCAUAGAGAAGGUGGUUCCAUGUAUCAGGAACGCCGGCCAGGCACCAAUGGCUGCAGUCCAUGUAAAGGUGGCCGCCGUGGCCGUAGACGGACGGGUGGCCGUCUUUUCUCAGUUGCGACAAGGCGGUGAUGUUCAGCAGAUGCACGGGUUUGGACAUUCGCCGGAGAACUCUGUCGAGAAUCACUUCCCCCGGAUGAGGACCUCCCGGGUAGUUGCCGGCGUCGUAGGCCGCCGGCUGCGUCUGUCCCCUGCAGUUGCCGCUGCUCGCCUCUCCCCAAUCACUUGCACUAAUUUACAUACAUAAUCCCCAUGUAAGCAUGAUUGCCUUGCAAAAACACUAACUUAUAAAUAAAAUAAAAAAACUUGGAAGAAUGAAUUUACUUGAUUAGUAUAAUUUUAAUUAGGGGUGUUCAAAUGGGUUCAAAUGGUUAUCAUGGUUAUAACCAAAUCAAAUAAGGCUAAAUUUCAUUAAACAUGGAAUACAAUAUCAUAACCAAACCGUUCAAACUAAUACAACAACCAAAUUAACCAAACUAAAGUUUAAUCGGUUUGGUUAAUUGGUUAACCAGAUUAACCAAUAUAAAAUCACAUUAUCAUUGAUGAUGAAAAUUUUCCGGUUAAUGCAACAAUUCGCAAUUUAUAUAAUGAAUAAAACAUAACAAUCAACACGUAGUUAUAGUUGACCCUUAACAAAAAUACAUGCAACUAAGACAAUUAUCUUACGAUUAGCAUAGAAGUAUUCACCUAACAAAAAUUUAUGACAAUGGUAUGGGUUAAUGAAUUGUUGUGUUUGUGUAAAUUGACUUAGUCUCUUAGCAAUUAUCAUAGGCUGGAAAUGACCUUCCAUUCAAGUUUUCAUCCAUCAUAAUGUAUGAAAUUUAUCUAAAUUAGGCGUCCAUAUGUUGUGGUCUACACUAUAUAUAUAUACAAAUAUACACUAUUUGAGCAA